ACAACAACGUCACAUGAUGUCACAUGCAGUCACCCGAGGUCUAUCUUGCAGAGUUUACGGUCUUGUUUCGAAUGCAACAUGCCUCCAUUAAAGUUCUGCGCGAAUAUUUCGUGGUUAUUCACUGACUUACCGGAAUUCAGCCAAAGAAUAUACGCUGCUAUGUCUGCCGGUUUUCAGGCAGUGGAAGCGGCUUGGCUUUACGACUGUGACAUUAAAGAGCUGCAGAAAAUCAAGAACGCUACUGGAGUUGAGGUUGUCCUAAUUAACACACCCCCUGGGGAGGUGAAGGCUGGUGAACUUGGUCUCGGAGCUGUGCCCGGGAGAGAGGCUGAAUUCAAGCAGUGUCUGGAUCUGGCUUUGCAAUAUGCAAAGGCGUUAAACUGCAAGAGAAUCCACUUGAUGGCUGGAAGGGUACCUGUGGGGGCGGACCGAACAGCUGUUGCCACGGAGAUGGAGGCUACCUUUGUGCAGAAUCUGAAACAUGCUGCAGUUGUCCUCUCAAAGGAGGGAAUCACUGGUCUUAUUGAACCCAUCAACACAAGAAUAACAGAUCCCAGGUAUUUCCUGGACACGCCACACCAGGGUAAAGGCCUUGCCAAUCUCAAAUCAUUAACCAGACCCUGCAAGCGUUAUUGUAUUAUUGUUUACCUGUGUGUACCUUUGAACCUAGCGGCUGCCAUUCUGCAGAAAGUUGACCACCCAAAUAUUAAACUACAAAUGGAUAUAUUUCACUGGCAAAUAAUGGAUGGCAAUCUGACUCAAAAUAUUCAGAAGUAUUUCCCCCUCAUCGGUCACAUCCAGAUUGCGCAAGUUCCACAUCGCGACGAGCCAGACAGUGCCGGAGAGCUGAACUUUCCUUAUCUCUUCACCACGCUGGAGGAACUAGGCUAUCAGGGAUUCAUAGGCUGCGAAUAUAAACCCAAAGCAUUGACACUUGAUGGUCUAGGUUGGAUAAAGGAGUACUGGAGGCGUAACAAGUGAGGCCAGCUGUCUUCCUUUGUGAUCCCUGGCCUGAUGCCCUCUUCCUGGACAAACCAGGGCCACCUGCCCCCCCCCAUGGACCAGACUUCUUAUUUUAGUAUUAAGAAUAUUACAUUUAGAAGGCUUAUUACCUGUCGAUUCAGUUGCCUAAAUACACUUGAUGGAUUUGCCAGUGAUUUGAACGGGGGUGUUAACAUUAACUAAUUCGUUGGCUCUGAUGUAAUUAAUUUGCACAAUAACGCCAACCAUGUUUACAUGUUCUUAGAUGCCGUCUGUAAAGUGGUCAUUAAAUCUGAUUUGCACACACGAUAAUGGAUGGCUUCCCUUGUGUCUCUUUGUGAAAUAACAGUUCAAGCACAGUGUAUAAUUCAUCGAAUGGACUUGCCCAAGUCCAGCUCCAACCGCACCAUUCAAGUUUGUUAAUGACACAACGGGGUGGGCCUAAACAGCAACUACAACCAUGGAGAGGGUGGUGGCCUAACUAGCAGAAUGGUAGUUAGCCCCCCCCCCCUUCCAUCCUACACACUUACCUCUCACGCUGUCAAGGUAAAGCCUCCAGCGUCGCGACGGACCCCUCCCGCAGUCUCCUUCGGCUCUUGCCGUCGAGCCGGAAGGUUCCAGAACAUCCGCGGCCAGCUCGGCAGCUCGUCUCCCCUCGCUGUGAGGAUUCUCAACUUCCCACACACGCACGCAUCCUCUACCCAAACCACAGAUACCCACCACUUAUUUGGUUGUCUUUCAAUCUUUCUUAUUUGUUUUAGUAUGUAGCUCCAUAGGGCUGCACAGUCACUACAUUAUCACUUAUGUAUAGUACAGCUUGUGAAAGGAUGAAAUAAAGUAAACCUUUUAUUAAACUUGACAUGCUGGCCUACAACCACGCCUCUUUGUAAACUGAGGCCAGCGACACCGUCAACGAGAACCCAAAUAGAAUGAAAUCAAAUGGCGUAGGUAUGAUGCAUUCGUAACACAUCUCUUGAAAUCAGAGCAUUGUUAAGAAACUCCCCCCCCCCCCCCCUAAAACAAAACAAAAACAAAGGCACUUCCUGUAUGAAGAGGAUGGCAGUGGAGUGACUUCCAGUGGCUUGUUGAAGACACGUUGGAAACGACUCCAAAUAAAAACAGUUGUCAUCUGCGAAAGCCUGGAUCGUGGGCUGCGCUGUGGCAUGUGCAGGGGUGUGUGUGUGUGUGUGCAUGUGUGUGGGGGGGGUGCCGACACAAAUCCAUUCACAUUUUCUGUAUUUCAAUCGAAAAGGUAAAUCGCAAACAAAUCCUCCUUUUACAUACAUGACUAGGCCCGGGGCUGCACCCUGCCCAUUCCGUAUUGUGAGAUCCGCACGACUGAACCUCAGAUGCACGUCAUUUUAAGUCGUAGAAUGCUUAGAGAGGAACUUCAAAACGGCAUCGUGAUAACAGUAGUAAGGCUCUGAAGGGGCACACACACACA